AUGGACAGCACCCACAAUGUUGCAUAUUAUGAAAGUUUGUUUUGUAAUAUAACAGCUCCUGGUCAAGGCGCAAUGCGGGUAGUCCAGCUCUUCUUGAUGCCAGGCAUCUUUUUAGCAGUGUUGGUGCUUGGUGUGCCCCUUAACAUCGUCUCCCUGUGUGUGUUGUCCCGCCGGGUGGCACGAAGUAACAGAAGUACCAUGUUCCUCCACAACCUAGCAAUGGCUGACAUUUCCUGGCUGAUGGCCUUGCCGUUCCUCAUCCAGUUCCACUUGUCUGGAAUGGAUUGGUCACUAGGUCUACUUUUUUGCAAACUUAUCCGCAUGCUCUACCAUAGCUACUUCUACCUGAGCAUAUUCUUUGUGACCUGUGUGAGUGUGGACCGCUACCUGGCCAUCGUACAUCCUAUUCAUUCCCCCGUUCUCCUUACUCGCAAGCGUGCCAUUAUGUUAUGCGUCAUUAUUUGGGUGGUUUCCAUAUUAAUGAGCAUCCCAGUGGCGCAGAUGACUUACAGCUCAAACUGUCAGAGUAACAACAAGACUGUGUGCUCUAUGUACAUCUUCAUGGGUACUGUAAGCCAGAGCUUGCCAUAUUCCCUCUGCUGCAGCUGUGCAGGAUUCCUGCUUCCACUGAUAGUGCUGAGCUACUGUUAUAUAUGCAGUGCGUGCCACCUGCGCAGACGGGUUGACCCACGUCUCAGAGGACUGGCCUGUGAGCUUAGUGCAGCCAUGGUCUUGUUUGGACUCUUUUACUUGCCAUAUCAUGUAAGUCGGAAUAUGGCUAUUGCCAUGCCAUCACUAACGCCGGAUAAUCCUUCAGCAUGGGAGGUGGCUGACAUUGUGUUUUCUUUAGAGAUGUGUGUGUGCAGUUUUACUUCCUGUACUAACCCUCUAUUCAGCUGCUUGGUGGGGAGGACACUCCGGAGGGAGCUAUGGUCAACUCUGUGGAAGCUGAUCAAGAAACACAGAGUAGAGCCGGAGAAUCAAGACGAGAGGAAAACUGAGGUGUCUACAGUUGGAGCUAAUAAGGCAACAAGUUAG